AAAGCGGCCUCGGGUCACUAAAAAAACCAAAACAAAACAAUAUAUUUUGCUCAUCGCUUCAUUUGGAUCACCUCAACGUUUUACGGUAGUUGAGCUCUCUUUUUGAUUUGCUUGGUGCAAAAUGGACCGACCGGCGAGGAAGACCAAAAGCGUCAACUACUGCGAGUCCAAAGAUAUUGACGACGACGAUGAGGACUUUGCCUGCGCGAAGCCGCCGCCUGGCAAGAAAGCCAAACAGGAGCGCGGGAACACGUCGAGCCACGGAAGCAGGAAAGCUCCGGACGAGAAGUUGCUGACUCGGCAUCUGGAGGCGGCCAUUGCGCUUUCGUUGCUCACCGACGGUCACGCGGGCGGGACGCGGGAAGCCCCCCCCGCCGGUCGAGGUGACGAGAACACGGACCCCGCAUCCCUGCACCGCUCCAACUGCAGUGUGGACCCCUCCCUUUUUGGAUUGGAUGAAAUCUCCCAGGCGGACGUCAGAAAGGAGCAAAGGAUUGGGCCUCCGGAUGGCGACUACGAGCCCAAACUGACGGCAGAGUCGGAGAGCGAGGAAGACGAGGAGGAGGAAGAGUUCGCGGGGAACGAGAAGAGCCGCAAAAAGAAGGGCGGCGACCGGCGCCGGCGGCCCGUCGGCAAGCAGGAAAGACAACCGCCCAAGUUGAAAGCGCAGCCCAGGACAGUGUCCGCGACGGCCACGCCGGGAAGCCCCCUGGCGCUGAAACCCGCCGUGACCAAAGUGCGGGCCUCGUUCAGUCCGACAGGAAGCAGGAUUCCCAAAUGGAACCCGCCAGGUCAAAUCGGGAAAAGUCCACCUUCGUCCCAAAGUCCCCCUACCAGGUGUCCGGGUCAGGGUCUUCGUCUGGGACUGUCGCGACGCGUCCGAGUCAAGCCGCUGCACCCCAGCAGCGCCGCCACCUGAGCGAAGGUGGAACUACAAGUAGAUUUUUUUUUUUUUUUUAAACGCAUGUAAAUAUUUAUUUAAAAUCAACUUUGACGCUGAUGACAUCGUUUCCCCUUUUAUUCAGAGUUUAAAAUAAAGGUCCGUU